UCUUUUAAUUCUUUCAGCUGUCAUGCGUUCUUCCAGCAGUGGUGGUUUCAGAGGCAGGGUUGUUGCCGUGCGUGACUUAGAGGCUAUAGCACGGGAGCGGCCGGCUGAUCAAAGCAGACCGAGCCCUCCUUAGUCCUGGUUCUUGUACAGCUGCACAUCUGCACACAGCAGUCGGACAAACGGGGCCUAAGCUGAACCAGCAAAUUUGCUGUCUCCACAUUAAGUCUUGCAUCUACUCAAAAACAUCAAUCAAACAAGUCAUGUACCUGUGAUUGAAGAGAUUCGAGCUUGUAGAAGAAAAACGUCCUGGGCUUCUGUUGCAUAAUUAUGCACCCUUUAAGAAGGAUGCAUCCUUCCAUGCUUAGGUACCCUUUACAUCCUCAUAGUAUGUAUCCUUCUUUUGACAGAGUAUUCCGGAGACCAUCUGUGAUUGUUUUCAAGAUAGUUUUGCUUAAUGAGGUAUGGGAGAGAAGGAGCCAUGUCAGAAGAAGCUGUUACUGAGACACGAUUUUCUCUGAAGACAGUAGCUUUACGGGUGUUUAAUCUUCCCCUUUCCUGGUAUUAUUCCCUUAACCAGAUAAAGCUUUCCCCGGGGUUAAAGAAACUUUUCACAGUAACAGCAGUGAGUGCAAUAUCUGUGAUUUUUCUGGCCCAUCACUUUAAAAGAAGACGUGGAAAGAAAAACAAGAAAGUGCCACCAUGGGAACCAGCUCAUCUCGUAUUAGAGUGUACCAAAGCAGCUGCUUCAGAAAAAGGUUCUAGUUGUUCCAGUAGUCGACAAAACUUGACUCUUUCUCUGAGCUCUGCCAAGGAAAAAGGAUCUCAGUCCUGUAUCUAUGCAAAUGGAGGACUUUUCAGUAAAUACUCUGGUUCAGUUCAAAGCCUGACCUCGGUUCAGAGUGCCACCUCUUGUCACAGUUGUGCUUGUGCCAAUUCUAAUUCCUGGGAUAAAGCAGAUGAAGAUGACCUCAAGCUUGUCAAUAUUCCAGUGACUACACCUGAAAAUUUGUAUUUGAUGGGGAUGGAGCUGUUUGAAGAAGCACUGAGGCGCUGGGAGCAGGCGCUAACUUUUCGUAACAGGCAAGUUGAAGAUGAAGCAAUCUGUGGUUCCAUUAAGCUGGGAGCAGGAGAUGCAAUUGCAGAAGAAAGUGUAGAAGAUAUCAUUAGUGCUGAAUUCAUUCAUAAGCUUGAAUCUCUUCUUCAAAGAGCUUAUCGUCUUCAGGAAGAGUUUGAAGCCACCCUUGGGGUCUCUGAUCCUGCUGCUCUAGCUAAUGAUAUUGGAAGCCACACAUCGAAAGGAUCUGAGCACACAACGUGGGCUGGCAGAAAACUGGGCCCCUGCUGCUCUGAGGAUAAAAACACAGACAUUACUGUGAAGGAUAAUGCGGAUGAUUUCUGCCUUCGAGAUACAUUAAGCAUUGCAUCCACGGAUUCCUUUGUUUCCACAGCUGAGCUUUCAGAGCACAGAGAGAUUCGUAGCACGUAUGGUCUGGAUUCCCUUUGCCACUGCCCCCUGUAUGAAGAAGCCAUGCACUUAGCAGAAGAAGGCAAAAUUUAUUCACGGGUGUUAAGGACUGAAAUGUUUGAAUGUCUAGGAGACAGUGACUUCCUUGCUAAGCUUCAUUGUAUUCGACAAGCUUUUCAGAUAAUUCUUUCAGAAACAUCAAACAGAAUAUUUCUUGCUGAAAGUGGAAGAAAAAUUUUGUCUGCUUUAAUUGUGAAAGCACGAAAGAAUCCAAAGAAAUUUGAAGAUGUCUUUGAUGAAAUGAUACAUUUUUUGGAACAAACAGAUCACUGGGAUAAUACUGAAAUGGAACUUGCUGCUAGAGGAGUGAAAAAUCUGAAUUUUUAUGAUGUUGUUCUGGACUUCAUAUUAAUGGAUUCAUUUGAAGAUUUAGAAAAUCCACCAAUAUCUAUACAGAAUGUAGUAAAUAACCGCUGGUUAAAUUCCUCCUUUAAAGAAACUGCUGUGGCUUCAAGUUGUUGGUCAGUACUGAAGCAAAAAAGACAGCAAAUGAAGGUGCCUGAUGGAUUUUUUGCACAUUUCUAUGCUAUAUGUGAACAUAUCAGUCCUGUUUUGGCCUGGGGCUUUUUGGGCCCUAGAAAUUCCCUGUAUGAUCUAUGCUGCUUCUUCAAGGAUCAAGUGCUUUUCUUCCUCAAAGACAUUUUUGAUUUUGAAAAGGUGAGAUACUCAACUAUGGAGAGCCUGGCUGAAGACCUCACGCAGCUGCUGAUCCGGCACACGGAGCUGCUGCUGGCCUAUCUUGGGGCAGACUCACUGAGACACGUUGGGGCCUGUGUCAGUGGCCACAGGCCUGUCUUGACCAGUGGGCUCCUGGAAGCAAAAGUACAGUAAGCUUAAAAUCCCUGGCAAAUGACAGGGAGUGCACACAGAUGUGCUCUUUUCCACCCUUUUCUCUAGUGCUAAAGCUACUGUGGCUGUUACUGAGCAAGCAUCUGGGAAUGCAUCGUGUUGCUAAGUAUGGAAAAGGACUCAGGGAGGUUAAAUGUACAUCUGUGAGAACUGGGGAGCGUAUUACUGUAUAUACCUAAAUUAAUUCUGCAGCUCAGCUGUCGCUGUAUUUAUAUUUCAUGUAUCCCAAAGCUUUUUUCUGUAAUAUUCGGGUAAAGUUUAUUUAUGAAAUACUGUACUUUUGCACAAAUAAUUCGUAAGUGAAGCUGAUGGAGUUGUUUCCUUUAAAAGCUUAUAGUACAAAAUGUUCAUUGCAGAGUCUCCAAAUCAUUAGGUGUCUAGAUCUAGGAGGUGUUUUGACUGGGGUGUCUGCAGUCUCUGAUUCAUGUGACACGUGCAAUAAAGUAAUCACACGCACAGAACUGAACAUGUCGCCCCUGCCCCAGAAUUCCAUUUGUGUGGGUGUAAGCAGCCAUUUUGUACUACAGAGUGAUGGAGCAGUGCAGGAAAUGCAAGCACCAUUUGGGCAGGAAUGACUGCCAGUAUGCAAUUUUUACUUUAUUUUGAUUUAAAAUAUCUAAAUAUCACUAAGGUGUUUUAAAGUACUUCUUUAUAUUUGAAAAGCUAUACUAGCUUCACCAAUUAAUUUUAAACUUCCUUGUUCUAAAACCAUUACUACUCAAUAUGGUGGUAAAUGAACCAAUGUUAUUUUCAGUUCAUAUGUAGCAUUUCAAAAUAUAUUUUUAAAUACGUAUGUAUUAUAAGAUUUAUUAAUCAUGAAACAGAAUUGAAGGCAGUGUUUUAUAAUUUAAUAAUUUGUGUCUUCCUCCCUUCUUUGUGGGAAGUCAGGUGUCUGUUUAAGAGGAGAUUUAUGCAGUUGUGGCCAUCUGUGUGCAGUGUAAAACUGUGGCCAUGGAACCCUGAACUUCAGACAGGAGUACAGCACCUUCAGAAGGCAUGAGGCACCUUCUAGAAUGGCUCUUCCUGUUCCAGAGGUGAUGAAUAAUGAUGAGCUGUAAUCUUUGAAUUUCUGUCAACUGAAGCAAUGCUUCACAGUUUAGGCUCUAAACUGCACUUACAUGCCUUUGCCACACAAAGCCAGCCCACAAGAAUCUAUCCCAUGUCAAGAAAUAUGGAGUAAUUCCAAAUACUCAGAUAUUUGAGAAGCAUAUUGUUAAAAUCUGGAAUAUCAAAACAAACUUUGACUAGAAACAUUUCAACUUUCAUGUCAAACACAACCCAAAAGGAUGCUAUUCAAAAGGAGGGCCUCUGCUCUGUAAUUCAUAGAUUUUACUCCAUUUUGCUCCUUUGUUGUACUCAUUUGAUAAAUACAAAAAUGAUGAAAAUGUGUCAUAUUACUUGUGUGAAAUGCCAACUGAUGAUAGUUUAUUUAACAAAAAAGAGUAUACUCUAUAUGUAAUAAAACAGAAAUUCCAAAUGCUA